UGAACAGUUGGUUUAUUUGCAAAUUCUACUUCUGAUUUUCCCGCGUUGUUGCCGCGUUUUUUGCAUCAUUUAAUUUGCGAAUUAUUUUGUUGGUUUACUUGUUCAUUUCGUUAUAUCAUUAAGCAAACAGAUCGCAUGGAUAAUAAACGUAAAUUUAAUGGCAAUGGCACAGCCAACGGCCACUCAAAAAAGUCAAGAAAUUUCGAUGAUGAUGAUGAAAUGGGCGGCGGUUUCGAGGCCGAGCUGGCCGCCUUUGAGCCCAACGACGAUCUGGAUCAAACCCAACUGAUGGGGGAAGGACCCGAAAAUCAACAGACGAGCGAACGUUGGUCCCGAGCAGCGCCUCCUAAGCUAAAUCCAGCUGAGGACAGUUUGACAUUCCAGCAGCUGGACGUGGAGAACUAUUUGGGGCAACCACUGCCCGGCAUGCCAGGUGCCCAACUCGGCCCGGUGCCCGUAGUACGUAUGUUCGGAGUCACCAUGGAGGGCAACUCGGUUUGCUGUCAUGUCCAUGGUUAUUGUCCCUAUUUCUACAUCUCGGCGCCCAAAAACUUUGAACAGCGCCACUGCGCAGACCUGCACGAGGCGCUGGACAAAAAGGUCAUUGCUGACAUACGCAACAACAAGGAUCAUGUACAGGAAGCAGUGCUCGCUGUAGAGCUGGUGCAACGCCUCAAUAUUCAUGGCUAUCAGGGCGAUGAGAAGCAGUGGUAUAUUAAGAUCACGGUGACGUUGCCGCGUUUUGUGGCCGCUGCCUCUAGGUUGCUCAAAAAGGAAGUGAUAAUGGGCGCAUUCGAUUUCCAGGAUUGCCGUGCCUUUGAGAACAAUAUCGACUUUGACAUCCGUUUCAUGGUGGAAACACAAGUUGUCGGCUGCAAUUGGAUUGAGCUACCACCGGGUGCAUGGCGUCUGCGUGGACGCAACUCUAAGCCGGCACCCGAGUCACGUUGCCAACUGGAAGUGGAUGUGGCUUAUGAUCAGUUCAUCUCCCAUGAACCCGAAGGCGAGUGGUCCAAGGUGGCGCCGUUGCGCAUUCUUAGCUUUGAUAUUGAGUGCGCUGGUCGUCGUGGCAUCUUCCCAGAGGCCAAAAUGGAUCCAGUUAUACAAAUUGCCAACAUGGUCAUCAGACAAGGCGAAUCAGAGCCGUUCAUCAGGAACGUAUUCACGUUGAAGGAGUGUGCUCCCAUCAUUGGCAGCCAGGUGCUGUGUUAUGACAAAGAGCAGCAACUGCUGGACAAAUGGGCGGCUUUUGUGCGCGAAGUCGAUCCGGACAUCUUAACUGGCUACAACAUCAACAACUUUGAUAUACCUUAUUUGCUGAAUCGCGCUGCGCACUUGAAGGUGCAAGGCUUCGAGUAUCUAGGCAGGAUUAAGAACAUACGUUCGGUCAUCAAAGAGCAGGUGCUGCAGUCCAAACAAAUGGGUAGGCGAGAGAAUCAAUAUGUCAACUUUGAAGGACGCGUGCCCUUCGAUUUGCUGUUUGUGCUGCUCCGCGAUUACAAACUGCGUUCGUACACUUUGAAUGCGGUCAGCUAUCACUUUCUGCAGGAGCAGAAGGAGGAUGUGCAUCACAGCAUUAUCACGGAUCUGCAAAAUGGCGACGAGCAGACGCGUCGUCGCUUGGCCAUGUAUUGCUUAAAGGAUGCCUAUUUGCCAUUGCGUCUGCUCGAGAAACUUAUGGCCAUUGUGAACUACAUGGAGAUGGCACGUGUCACAGGCGUCCCACUUGAAUCGCUGCUGACGCGUGGCCAACAAAUCAAGGUGCUCAGUCAGCUGCUGCGCAAAGCAAAAACUAAAGGUUUCAUCAUGCCAUCCUACACUUCAAGUGGCUCCGACGAGCAGUAUGAAGGCGCCACUGUCAUCGAACCGAAACGUGGCUAUUAUGCUGAUCCCAUUAGUACACUCGAUUUUGCCUCGCUGUAUCCUAGUAUUAUGAUGGCCCACAAUCUAUGCUACACCACUUUACUGCUGCCUGGAGCAAAGGAUAAGCUGGGAUUGACGGAUGAUCAAGUGGAGCGCACGCCUGCGAAUAACAGUUUCGUCAAGGCGGAUCUGCGUCGCGGCCUGCUGCCCGAGAUCUUGGAAUCGCUGUUGGCGGCGCGUAAACGUGCAAAGAACGAUCUAAAAGUAGAGAAAGAUCCAUUCAAGCGGCAGGUGUUGGAUGGUCGCCAGUUAGCUUUGAAGAUAUCAGCAAAUUCAGUGUAUGGCUUUACUGGAGCUCAGGUGGGAAAACUGCCCUGCUUGGAGAUCUCGGGCAGCGUUACUGCUUAUGGACGCACAAUGAUUGAGAUGACCAAGAACGAGGUGGAGACGCAUUACACGCGCGUUAAUGGCUAUGAGAACGAUGCGGUGGUCAUCUAUGGUGACACGGAUUCGGUGAUGGUUAACUUUGGUGUUAAAAGCUUAGAGCGUAGCAUGGAACUCGGUAGAGAGGCAGCCGACUUGGUUAGCGCCAAAUUUGUGCAGCCCAUUAAACUGGAAUUCGAGAAGGUUUACUAUCCCUAUUUGCUGAUCAACAAGAAGCGCUAUGCAGGAUUGUAUUUCACUAAGCCGGAAAAGUAUGACAAAAUGGAUUGCAAGGGCAUUGAGACAGUGCGUCGCGAUAAUUCGCCAUUGGUGGCCAAUCUGAUGAACGCUUGUCUGCAAAAGCUGCUGAUUGAACGCGAUCCUGAGGGAGCGGUUGAUUAUUGCAAGCAAAUUAUUGCUGAUUUGCUGUGCAAUCGCAUUGAUAUCUCACAGCUGGUCAUCACCAAGGAGCUGGCAAAGACGGAUUACGCUGCCAAGCAAGCACAUGUAGAGCUGGCAGCCAAGAUGAAGAAACGCGAUGCGGGCACAGCGCCCAAACUGGGUGAUCGUGUGCCUUAUGUGAUCUGUGCUGCGGCCAAGAAUACUCCAGCUUAUCAGAAAGCCGAGGAUCCGUUGUAUGUGCUAGAGAAUAGCGUGCCCAUUGAUGCCAACUACUAUUUGGAGCAGCAACUGUCCAAGCCACUGUUGCGCAUCUUUGAGCCCAUUUUGGGCGAUAAAGCCGAGUCGGUACUGCUCAAAGGAGAACACACAAGGACUAGGACUGUCGUCACCUCAAAGGUUGGCGGAUUGGCGGGUUUUAUGACCAAGAAGGCAGCAUGCUUGGGUUGCAAAUCCCUAAUGCCCAAGGGUUAUGAACAAGCGUGCUUAUGUCCGCACUGCGAACCAAAGAUGAGCGAACUCUAUCAGAAGGAGGUGGCAUCAAAGCGUGGCCUGGAGGAGACAUUUGCCCGACUUUGGACCGAGUGUCAGCGUUGUCAGGGUUCGUUGCAUGAGGAGGUAAUCUGUUCGAAUCGCGAUUGUCCUAUUUUCUAUAUGCGACAAAAGGUGCGCAUGGAGUUGGAUACGCAGGAGCAGCGUGUGCGACGCUUUGGACUCCCCGAGUGGUAA